GGAAGCUACUGUGUGAGGAAUUGGGGUCCUGGUUUCUGGCAGGCAUCUCAAAGCCUCCAGAAGAUUGUCUUCGGCCUCGUCUUCUCCCUCUACAACUUCGAAGCACCUGGAUCACGCAUGUAGCCCUUACAUCCUACAUGGAGGAUCAGCUCAACUGGGAGUGGAUGACGCCAAUGAAAUUUGUACCGAUCUGUCCCCCCCAAACCGAGUUUGGAGGUGAGGAGAAUUAGUAUCAAGCCCAGCUCUGUGGGCAGGGAGGCAACAUAGGUUUGGGUAAGGUAGAGAUCCAGGAACACUGGGUUGAGGGGUGGUUAAGGGAGGCAUUUGAUCAGGAUUUCAAAUGUUCAGUGGUGAGGUUCGGGGUUGUUGGGGGGUGAGGGAAAGGAAGCAGGGGCCAUAGCAAUGAAUCCUUAAACUGUGACUAAUGCCUGCCUGAGCAUCUUCCUUUUCAAGCUUGUGAUAUCGAGUCAUACAAACAUAGGAACCCAUGGCCUUGGGUGGCAGAGGUGCAUGGCGCCAGGGACGAAGUUUGCAUGGCCAAUCUGGUGACCCCUGGUUGGGUCCUAACAGACACUCACUGUGUGGCCAGGCAGGGCUCCAUAGCAUCCCAUCUUCAGGUUAAACUGGGUAGAGCACACUCCGGUACCCUGGGCCAGGUGUCGAGGCCAAUCGGCACCAUUCAGUACACCGUGGGAUCACCUCUAGUCCUACUGCAGCUAGAGACCAGGGUAGAAAUGUCAGCUUCUGCUCUGCCAGUCUGCCUCCACUCUGGGCCAAUCUUAAAAGCAAUAAGCUGUUGGGUGCUAGGCUGGAAAGACUCUGUAAACCAAGCCUGACUCAUCCUUAUCUCUCGUGUGCCAACAAACAUUUGACUCUUUUAUCCUGAUGGGUAUUUCAAUAAGGGGAAACCCAGAACUGUUUGCCCCAGUGGGGGUCCAUCAGUCUUGGAUCUCUCGGACUGUGGGGGAUGCACCCUUUGUGCAAUUCAGCCCGUGACUCCAGACCUUGCACAGACCCCGAACAGAGUCUGAACUGCUCUUCUACUGCAACGGGGGGAGAAGAUGAAGAAAUGGCUGCUUCUGGAAUGCACCCAAAUCAGUUCCAUGCUGUUGGGAACCUCGAAAGCUUCAAGAAAGGUGACAAUGGUGAUGACAAACUGGUGUCUAUUCCAACUGCUGAUAAUUUGAACCAAAGGAUCCUGGGGUGGAAUGAAUAUGUUCUCCAGCUCAACUUUUGUGAUUAGCAAUAUUCAUUUUAUAAGCCCAACAACAGCUUAUCUCCCUUAAAGCCAUGUUUUUAAAACUCUAGUUAUUUUAAUGUUAUCUUUAAAAAUUAGAUUAA